AUGCCCCACAUGAAGCGUACACAAGAGUCCUCGGGCUCAGAUGAGGAUCAAAGUGACAGUGGUCAAGAAAGUUAUGGAGUAGCAUUCCCGCUACACCCAAGAAAACGACCACGCACGUCCAACUCACCGUCCGAGAGAGAUGAAGAAGCCAGCGAUGCAGAGUCGAACCCCCGCUCCUCCCCCCUUGCCGAUGAUGAUAACAUGUCCCUCGAUGAUGAUGAAUUAGAAUUACGCCAGACCCAAAUCAUUCAAGAGAAAUAUGCCCAUUUGGUCGAUGAAGCCAAUGUUCCUUCCGAUCAUGGAAUUCUUGAGCGUGUUGAUUGCUAUAAUUUCAUGUGCCAUGACCACUUUUCGGUGGAACUAGGACCUCUGAUCAACUUCAUCAUUGGAAAAAAUGGCAGUGGUAAAAGUGCAAUCCUUACCGCAUUGACACUCUGCUUGGGUGGCAAAGCAUCUGCAACCAAUCGUGGACAGAGCCUCAAGAAUUUCAUCAAGGAAGGGAAGGAGAAUUCCAACAUUGUUGUUCGAAUCAAAAACCAGGGUGAUGGUGCUUACCGACCAGAGGUCUAUGGAAAGUCAAUCAUUGUCGAACGCCAUUUCAACAAGAGUGGGAACAGCGGGUUCAAAAUUAAGUCCGACAACGGGCAUAUUGUUUCGACCAAAAAGGCGGAGCUAGACUCGAUUACGGACUACUUUUCUCUACAAAUCGACAAUCCCAUGAACGUUCUCUCCCAGGAUUCUGCUCGACAAUUUCUCAGUACGUCUAGUCCAGCAGAGAAAUACAAGUUCUUCGUGAAAGGAGUGCAAUUAGAGCAAUUAGACCAAGACUACUGUUUGAUCGAGGAGUCAGUUGAUCAGAUGGAAGAAAAAAUACGAAAUAAAAGCCAAGACAUCCGUAUCUUGGAACAAAGAUGGGAGGCUGCCCAGAAAAAGUUAGAACUUUCGGAACAACAUGCCUCAUUGAGAGAGCGUAUCAAACACUUACGCAACCAGCUCGCUUGGGCUCAGGUUGAAGAGCAAGAGCGAAUUCGUGAUUCUCUCAAUGAUGAACUCGCUAAAGCCGAUGGGCUGAUUGGUAGCGCAGAAACUGCACUCGUCGACUUUGAUGUUAAGUUCCAAGCUAUUGAGACCGAGGCCGAAACAGCGGCCGAACAUGCUCUUGAAGCCGACAGGCUUCAAGAGCAGGCACGACAGGAACUUGCUGAUCUCACAAAAGAAAUGGAGGGUAUCAUGGCAGAACGGCGGAACCUUCAAGCUCAAAAAACCCAAAUCAAAGAUUUGAUUACAAGCGCCGAAGAACGGAUUUCUGAGUCAAAAGGAAAGAUUGACGAUGAAAAUCGUCGCCUGGCCGAAGUGAGCGAUGGAGGUUAUGCCAAAAAGCAGGAUGAGUGUAAGGAGGCCAAGAGUCGUGCGAGUGAAGCUCGUGAGGAGCACAACAACCACCUUGAAGGCUCAAGGGACUUGCGAGAAAAGCUUCUCGAUGCCCAGAAGCAGGAGAAGCAUGCGAAAGAACAACUUGGCGCCAAACAAGCCGAUCUCUCGCAAGCAGAAGAACGACUGCACGGCCUUCAAAGAGAAAAUGGUCAAAGGCGGACAGGCUUCCAUGACAAAUUGCCAAGCCUCAAACAAGCCAUCGCUCGAGAAACGUCAUUCACGAUGCCCCCUCUGGGCCCUGUAGGGGAGCACAUAACCUUGCUUGAAGCUAAAUGGGCAUCCAUUCUUGAACAUGCUUUCGGUAAUACGCUGAACAGUUUUAUUGUGGCAUCUAAGCAAGACUCGACCACCCUCUUGAAUAUCAUGCGUCGGGUCAAUUGCGUAUGUCCGAUUUUGAUUGGAAGAGAUGGUAACAUCGACAUCUCGGCCCACGUGCCUGAUUCUCAAUAUCAGACGGCAUUAGAUAUUCUACAGUUUGAUAACUCUAUGGUUCGGCAACAACUCAUUAUCAGUCAUUCUGUUGAGCAAAUGGUAUUAAUCGAAAGUCUCGAAGAAGCAUCUGCGGCGCUUUUUGACGGUGAACGACCGAAGAAUGUGAAACGGUGCUUUUGUAUUAAUUUAAGGGACAGGCGCAGGGGACAUACCCUUUCAUACAAUCGAAUGGGUGAUCCCAGUCAGGCGCCCGUGCCAAUUUAUCAGGGCAACCCGCGAAUGAAAUCCGAUGCGGCCUCGCAGAUCAGUGCGCAGCGAGAAGUGGUUGGAGAUCUUGCUCGUCAGCUGAAUGAAUUAAAACAAGAAUUUCAAUCGGCUCGUUCCCACGUUCAGGCCUGCAACCAAGCAAUGAGUAGGUGGGAGAAAACUGAGCAUGAACUGAAAUUGAGAAUGCAGAGGAUGGAGGAUGACGCCGAGGCCCUCCGAGACGCUCUCGAGAAAGAAAAUGCCGAAGAUGGGCAUCUAGAGACCCUUCUCGCAUCCCUAAAGGACGCUGAAGACGAGAAGCAACUCAAUGAAGGCUCUCUCAAUGAUAGCGAGGCUGCAAUGACCGAGGUCAUGGGGAAAAUAAAGGUUGGAAGAAGUGUAAUGGUAGCGAAAAAUAACGAAAUCACCCGCUUGACAGAAAAUUCCCGUGUUGCAGAGAGUGAACGCUCGGUCGUGGCCGGUAGAAGGCAGGAUAUUCUCGGCGAGAAAAAUGCUGCUGUCGCUCAGAUUGAGAAGCAAAAGGCAGAUAGACGCAGACUUCAUGUGAAGCUGGAAGGACUUGUGGAACGAGUACUUGAAUACAUUGAAAAGGCGAGCUUGGUUUCAACGAGGAUUCCUGUCGAUGAGGGCGAAAGCUCAGCCAGUCUUGACCAGAAGCUCACCAAAUUACACGCUGAUCUGACCCGAUAUCACCAACAACUCGGUGCGUCGCGGGAUGAAAUCGCUGCAGAGGCUAACCAGACGGAAAUCGCGUAUCGCCAAGCGACGAGCCAGAUUGAAGAGCACACUGCAAUUGUCCAGCAAUUAAAAGACACUUUGCAUGAUCGCAAAAAGAGAUGGGAAAUUUUCCGCUCCCACAUCUCGUCUCGUGCGAAGGCUCAAUUCACCUAUCUUUUGAGCGAGAGAAGCUUCAGAGGCCGGUUGCUCACUGACCAUAACAACAAGCUACUAGACCUCCAGGUCGAGCCCGAUAUCACAAAAGAUGACAGCACCGGCCGGGGUGCGAGGACCCUUUCUGGAGGAGAGAAAUCCUUCUCGCAGGUCUGUCUUCUAUUGGCCCUCUGGGAAGCAAUGGGGUCGCCCAUUCGUUGCCUCGAUGAAUUUGAUGUUUACAUGGACCACAUCAACCGCAAGAUGGCAAUUGACAUGCUUAUGACCGCCGCCAGACGAUCCAUUGGGCGACAGUUUAUCUUGAUCACGCCUGGAAGCAAAACGGAUAUUACCAUCUCCCCGGAUGUAAGAGUAAAGGAGCUUGCUGAGCCAGAACGUGGUCAAACCACCCUGUCUUUCCAACGCAGAUAG